AUGCCUCCCAAAGCUGCCCCUCGUCGAGCACCAGCUCGACGCCCCGGAGCACCCGAAUCGACGUCGACGACUCCUGCAGGCGCGGGGCCCACACAAAAUGCACCCGAAUCACAAGGAACCGGCACACCUGGCCCCGCAGGUCGGCCGUCCGUACAACGCCUCCAGUCUUUAAAAAGGCGCCCAGGGUCCGGAAGCAUUACGCCCAGCGGUCGACCGCCCUCAACGCUGAGCGGCGAGCCAGCGAAACCCACCCUCAAGUACAAACCGCGGGCGGUCGGGCGGCGCAGCAAGGAAGAGCGAGACGCGAUCGAGAAGCUGGAGCAGGAACGGCAUAAUGAGCGUCUGAAGGAAGCGGCUGCUAUCCAGCGAGGCCGUGGCGGUCCCGCGCUCAGUCGUGGUCGGGGCGGGUUCCGCGGCCGCGGGGGCCCUAUGGGUAUGGGUGUUGGCGGGCCAUUGGGAGCUGGGGCUGGUCGCAGAGGUCGGGGUGGAGCGAUGGGGUCAUCGGCGCCUGGGCGCGGCAUGAACCGAACUGCCAUUAGCGGGGGCUACCCCCAGGGCGCGAAUGGGUUUGUCAACGACGAAUUUGCCGAAGCGCGGUUCAGCAUCGACCAGAUCAAUUUUGUGGAUAGCGAUGACGAGUUCAAUGACGGGAAACGGGAUACCAAAGGCAAGAUGCCUAUCCGAGAGCGCCGGGAGAAAGGACUACGCCCGGUCCGCGUGGAGCGACACCCACAUGAAGAGCGAGUCAUCAGCGUCAACAUGGAAUCGAGCUCGAAUCGAUCGGCUGCGCUCCGUCAGAAGGCAGAGGAGGCUAAAACUGCCGAGGAAAAGGGUCAGGCGCCUCAUCCUCAGGUGCCCGAUGAGCCGCGCGUAAAGGAAGAGCCCGCAGACGAGGAUGAAGCCAUGACCGAAACUCUUUCCCACGUGGAAGAUGAUGGUCUACUGCCGACGCAAAAGGUCCGAGUGCGCCGGAAGCUGAGCACUGCCAAGCAGACUGCCGAAGAAGGCGCUCAAGUGCAAGAAUUAGAACCGGAACUUGCGCCGCGAGAUCCUCGGGAGCUCCUCCGCACCAAUGAAGAAAUCGACGAAUAUGACCGACACAUGGAAGACUUGGAACAGAUCAAGCAUCUCUUCCUUACCGAGAAGGCUGCAGAGCCCGAGAAGCCGGUCACGGAGCCAGAAACCGAAAUCGAAACCGAGACGCCCGCCGAGGCGCAAACUACCACCGCACCGGAAACCACCACCGACACAGCUGAGGAAAACGACCCCCCGGGGCUGCUCGGCCAGCUAUUCCUCAUGCAAUUCCCUCCGAUGACCCCCAACCUCACACUCCCCGGCGCGGCCGACAACCAACCACCAGCAGAACCUGCAUCCGCCCCCGCCGAGCCUGCGAUCAAGCGCGAAGGCGACGAUGUGGAAAUUGUGGAAACGGCGCCUGCAGCGCCUGCAGCGCCCGCAGCGCCGUCUACAAUGGUCACCGCCGCCACAGACUGGACGCUGCCUGCUGGCCGGGUGGGCAAGCUGAACGUGCAUAGGUCAGGCCGCAUGACAAUGGACUGGGGCGGGAUUAGCUUCGAGCUGGAUCGCGCGGCCUCGGUGGAUUUUGUGCAGGAGGCGCUGAUCGUCCAGUCUGGAGCGGAUGAUGCCGGCGCCGAAGUGGGCCAGAACUCGGAGAACUGCGCAUACUCGAUGGGCCAGCUGUGUGGAAAGUUUACAGUCACGCCCAAUUGGGAUGAGAUGCUCUGA